AUGCGGAAAGUGCAUAAAAAGGCUCGCAUUCGUCGCUCGGACGACAGUUGGUGCUUGUACAUAGGAGAUCUCACUUCAGGCGUGCUCGAGGACUAUUUUGUCUUAACGACAAAAGCAGCUGUGUUGACCUUCGGACAAAAGUUCGGGCCAUUACUUGGUGCCAUGCAUGCUUUUAUAGGAAAAAAUAACGAAGAUAUCCUCAAAGUAAUCGAUCAAAUUUUAGAUGAUUACAGCUCACCAGCGAAGGCUUGGUUUGGACCCGUUCUCGCUAUUUUAGUCGACAGUCCGGAAGACUUGAAAAUAAUUUUAAACUCACCAAAUUGCUUACAAAAGGCCUUUCCUUAUGACUUUCUGCGGGUUAAUUGUGGAUUAAUGUCAGCGCCUGCUGAAAUGUGGAAAACGCACCGAAAAUAUUUGAAUCCGUGCUUCAAUCCGAAACUCCUUCAGAGCUUUUUGCCGAUUUUUAAUGUGAAAUCAAAGACUAUGGGAAAUGAAACAAGCGCCUUGAGCGUUUCGUUCUGCUUGUUGAUGCUGGCCAUGCAUCAAGACAUACAAGAACGCGUUGUCGACGAAUUACGGUCCGUUUUCGACACAAAAGAUCAACCUGUGACGCCGGAAGCCGUUUCAAAGCUCGAAUAUUUGUCCAUGGUGAUGAAUGAGACAUUAAGACUUUUCCCGAUUACACCUCUAAUUGGCAGAGAAGCACUCAAAGACACAAAAUUAGAUAAAUUUGAAAUUCCAGCAGGUGCCUGCAUUAUCAUGCCCAUCUACAAAGUGCAUCGCAACAAGAAAUUAUGGGGCGAAAAUGCCCAUUUGUUCAAUCCCGACAACUUUUUGCCCGAAAAUGUGGAAAAACGUCAUCCAUACUGCUUUUUGCCGUUCUCGCAAGGGCCACGAAACUGCAUCGGAUGGCGUUAUUCGUUACUCGCAAUGAAGACAAUGCUGUGUCACUUGUUACGUAACUACAAGUUCACCACGCACAUCAAAUAUCACGAGCUCAAGUUCAAAAUGUGUCUCGAUCUGAAAAUAACGAACAAGCACAUGGUACAAAUCGAGAGGAGGGAUUUCAAGUGA